CCCAUUGGGGCGGGCGGCCGUCCGUUGAGGGAUGGAGCAGGCCGGCGGAGGGGAGCAUGCCGAGGUCCCGGGAAGAGGAGGACGAGGAGGCCCGCAGCGAGGAGGAGUGGGGGCGGCGGUGGUGCUGGUGGUGGAGGAGGGCCCGUGGGGGGAUGCCCCUGGGGGCUCUGGAGGGAGACCCCUGAGCUGCUCAAGAUCGGAGGACCCGUGUUUGUGGCGCAGCUGCUGGGCUUCCUGAUCAACGUGGUCAGCUCCAUCUUCUGCGGCCAUUUGGGCAAAGCCGAGCUGGACGCCGUCACCCUCGCUGUCUCGGUGAUCAAUGUCAUCGGCAUCUCCAUCGGGACGGGCUUGGCCUCGGUGUGCGACACGCUCAUGACCCAGACGUACGGGAGCCGCAACGUGAAGCGCGUGGGCACCAUCCUGCAGCGGGGCAUCCUGAUCCUGCUCCUCUUCUGCUUCCCUUGCUGGGCCAUCUUCCUCAACGCCGAGCGCAUCCUCCUCCUCUGCCGGCAGGACCCCGAGGUCUCCCGGUUAACCCAGGUUUAUGUGAUGAUAUUUAUUCCUGCGCUCCCAGCAGCGUUCAUCUACCAGCUACAGAUCCGAUAUCUACAGAGCCAGGCCAUCCUCCUGCCCCAGGUCAUCACCGGCGUGGUGGCCAAUGUCCUGAACAUCAUCAUGAACGCCGUCUUCCUUUACACCUUCGACCUUGGCGUGGUGGGCUCGGCCUGGGCCAAUACGCUCUCCCAAAACUUGCAGCCGCUCCUCCUUUUCCUUUACGUUUGGUGGAAAAAGAUACACAAGAAGACAUGGGGCGGGUGUGCAUCAGAAGAACUGCCCCAAGGCAUGAGCGUGGCAUCCGGGGUCCGGGUGGGGAACGCGUUGGGGGCCGGAGAUGUGGCGCAAGCCAAGACAUCCUGCAUCGCGGGCCUCCUCUGCUCAGGUGUCUUUGCGGUGGUCUUUGCGGGACUCUUGGCGGCUAUCAGAAACGUGGUGGCUUACAUUUUCACCAGCGACAAAGAGAUUGUGGCCUUGGUCUCCAAAGUCAUGAUGAUCUUCGCUCCCUUCCACCUCUUUGACGCCAUGGCCGCCACCUGUGGAGGGGUGUUGAGAGGCGCCGGGAAGCAAAAGAUCGGGGCCAUCGCCAACGCGGUCGGAUACUACGUGGUCGGCCUCCCCAUCGGCAUCACCCUCAUGUUCAAAUACGGCCUGGGAGUCAUGGGGCUCUGGACCGGGCUGAUCGUGUGCAUCUCCUUGCAGGCCGCUUCCUUCCUGGUGGUCGUCCUGCGCAUGGAUUGGAAGAAAGCCGCCGAAGAGGCCCAGAUCCGGGCGGGAUUGGGGGUCCGGCUCCAGGCCGAGGUGGAGGACGAGGCGGCAGCGGUGGCGGCGGGUGGCAAAGCGGUGCCUUUAGCCUACCUGGCCACUGAAACGAGUGUCCCAAACGGCGCCAUCUUCGUGGGCCUGAGUCCCGAUGACGGGGGUGCUCCGUCCGCACACCAGCUGCUCCCCCCCGAGGAUCUACCGGAUUUUGCCGUUCUGUCCGGGAAGCAGCUCUUGGUCCGGCGGGGGCUGGCCGUGGCCUUGGCCGUGGGCCUUUUGGUCACAGGGGUCCUCACCCGCUUCCUGCUGGACGGCCGGUAGGAGGAGGAGGAGGAGGAGGAGAGAUCCGGCUCCGGUCGGAGAAGAUCCCGUCAGGUUCUUUGGAUCGCAAGGAGGGAUGACCAACAAGCCACAGAGAUCCAGGUGGGGGCUUCCGGGAUCACCCAGGAUUCUUUGGCCAGAACCUUGUUGAUGGGAUCCAACAAGAAGAAAUCUCAGUAUUUCCUCCUUCCAUUGACGGGAUCCUUCUGUUGAGGAGAUCUUUCAGUUGAUGGGACCCUUCUGUUGAAGAGAUCCUUCCAUUCAUGGGAUCCGGCAAGAAGAAAUCUCAAUAUUUCCUCCUUCCAUUGACGGGAUCCUUCUGUUGAUGGGCUC